GGGACCUGUCCCCGCCCCCUCCCCACUCCCGAGCGGCCGUGGGGGGAGCCCCUCUCACACACACAACUCCCGAGUCCCCGAGCCUGGGUCGGGAUCGGGGCGGAGUCUACGCGCGGGGGCUCGUCGGGCCGCGGGCAGGGAGGCUGCGGCCACUCGGGGAACCUGCGGGAGUGAGAACAUCCCUCCCGGCCGCCCCCCGCCGCCGCCGGCCGCCCGCCGCAGCCUCGCCCACCCCGUCCCCACCCGCUCCAGCUCCGCCGCCGACUCGGGGCGCCGCCAGAGCCGAGGGAGAGGCGACAUGCGUCCUCGGGGCGCCGCCUCGGAGCCCCGGGUCUGAGCCGCAGCCCCCCGCGGCCGCCUUUGUGAGCUGCCACCCGGGGCCGCGCCGCGAUGGGCCACCUGCCCGCGGGGACUCGCCCGGGCCGCCGCCUGCUGCCGCUGCUGCUCCGGCUCUUUGUGCUGCUCGAGAAUGCUGCAACAUUCCAAGUAACUGUUCAAGAUGACAAUAACAUCGUUGUCUCUCUAGAAGCUUCUGAUGUCAUGAACCCAUCUUCUGUAUAUGUUGUGAAGAUAACGGGUGAAUCAAAAAAUUACUUCUUUGAAUUUGAGGAAUUCAACAGAACUUUGCCUCCUCCUGUUAUUUUUAAAGCCAAUUAUCACGGCCUUUAUUAUAUCAUCACUCUGGUCGUGGUGAAUGGAAAUGUGGUCACCAAGCCAUCCCGAUCCAUCACAGUGUUGACAAAACCUUUACCUGUCACCAGUGUUUCGAUAUAUGACUAUAAACCUUCCCCUGAAACAGGAGUCCUGUUUGAAAUUCAUUAUCCAGAAAAAUAUAAUGUUUUCACAAGAGUAAACAUAAGCUACUGGGAAGGUAAAGACUUCCGGACGAUGCUAUAUAAAGAUUUCUUUAAGGGAAAAACAGUAUUUAAUCACUGGCUGCCAGGAAUAUGUUAUAGUAAUAUCACUUUUCAGCUGGUAUCUGAGGCAACUUUUAAUAAAAGUACUCUUGUAGAAUACAGUGGUGUCAGUCAUCAACCUAAGCAACAUAGAACUGCUCCUUACCCACCUCGAAAUAUCUCUGUCCGUAUUGUAAACCUGAACAAAAACAACUGGGAAGAACAGAGUGGCAGUUUCCCAGAGGAGCCGUUCAUCAGAGCCCAGGAUACCAUGGAGAAAGACAAAGUCUUUCACUUUUCCCACGAGAUGCCUGAAAUUCCCUCGAGCAACGUUUCUUCUGGUUGGCCGGAAGUUAACAGUAGUGACGAUGACCCAACCUCUCAGCCGUACUGGUGGGAUGGGGCCUCCGCCACUCCUGAGGGUGAUGAGGACUUUGUCAGGGUGCUCCCCACGAGGUAUGACGAGAACAGCACUCUCAGCAGGACAGAGAGAGCUGCACCCAGCUCGGGGUCUUUCUUCCCCGUGCAAAUGAUCCUGAGUUGGCUCCCACCAAAGCCUCCCACUGCCUUCGAUGGGUUUCAUAUCCACAUCGAAAGAGAAGAAAACUUUACUGAAUAUUUAACAGUGGAUGAAGAAGCACAUGAAUUUGUUGCAGAACUGAAGGAGCCUGGAAAAUACAAGUUAUCUGUAACAACCUUUAGUUCUUCGGGAUCUUGUGAGCCUCGAAAAAGCCAAUCAGCGAAAUCUCUCAGUUUUUAUAUCAGUCCCGUCGGGGAGUGGAUCGAAGAACUGACGGAGAAGCCGCAGCACGUGAGCGUGCGCGUCCUCAGCCCCACCACGGCGCUGCUGUCCUGGACGGCUUCCCAGGAGAGCUCCAACGGCACCCUCGUGUCCGUGGUGUCCCUCACCUGCCAGAAGCAGAAGGAGAGCCAGCGGCUGGAGAAGCAGUACUGCACGCAGGUGAACUCAAGCAAAACUAUUAUUGAAAAUCUGGUUCCUGGGGCUCAGUACCAGGUGGUGAUGUACCUCAGAAAAGGCCCGUUGAUUGGACCACCUUCAGAUCCUGUGACAUUUGCCAUCGUUCCAACUGGAAUAAAGGAUUUAAUGCUCUACCCACUGGGCCCUACGGCCGUGGUUUUGAGCUGGACCAGGCCUUACUUAGGCGUGUUCCGGAAAUACGUGGUGGAGAUGUUUUAUUUCAACCCUGCAACCAUGACCUCUGAAUGGACAACCUACUAUGAAAUAGCAGCGACCGUCUCCUUAACGGCCUCCGUGAGAAUCGCAAAUCUGUUGCCAGCAUGGUACUACAACUUCCGAGUUACCAUGGUGACGUGGGGAGACCCAGAAUUGAGCUGCUGUGACAGCUCUACCAUCAGCUAUAUAACAGCUCCUGUUGCUCCAGAAAUCACUUCUGUGGAAUAUUUCAACAGCCUGCUAUAUAUUAGCUGGACAUAUGGGGAUGACACAACUGAUCUCUCCCAUUCUAGGAUGUUGCACUGGAUGGUCGUUGCCGAAGGAAAGAAAAAAAUUAAAAAGAGUGUGACUCGCAAUGUCAUGACUUCGAUUCUCAGCCUGCCACCAGGAGAUAUCUACAACCUCUCAGUAACUGCUUGCACAGAAAGAGGCAGUAACACAUCCCAGCUCCGCCUGGUCAAACUAGAACCGGCUCCUCCGAAAUCACUUUUUGCUGUGAACAAAACCCAGACGUCAGUGACUCUGCUGUGGGUUGGACAGGGGGUGGCUGAUUUCUUCGAAGUCCUCUGCGUGCGCGUCGGCUCCAAUCCAGAAACAAACCUGCAGGACCCUGUUUCUGUAUCUUCUCAUGUGGUGACCAUCUCCAGCCUCCUGCCCGCCACCACCUACAAUUGCAGCGUUACCAGCGUCAGCCACGACAGCCCCAGCGUCCCCACGUUCAUAGCCGUCUCCACAAUGGUUCCAGAGAUGAAUCCCAAUGUCGUGGUCAUCUCCGUGCUGGCCAUCCUGAGCACGCUGCUGAUUGGACUGCUGCUCGUUACCCUGAUCAUUCUCAGGAAGAAGCAUCUGCAGAUGGCUAGGGAGUGUGGCGCUGGGACCUUUGUCAACUUUGCCUCCUUGGAGAGGGACGGCAAGCUUCCAUACAAUUGGCGUAGGAGUAUAUUUGCUUUCUUAACCCUGCUACCCUCAUGUCUUUGGACUGAUUAUCUUUUGGCAUUUUAUAUUAAUCCUUGGAGUAAAAAUGGUUUAAAGAAGAGGAAACUGACUAACCCAGUUCAACUGGAUGACUUUGAUGCCUACAUCAAGGACAUGGCCAAAGAUUCUGACUACAAAUUUUCUCUUCAGUUUGAGGAGCUGAAACUGAUCGGACUGGAUAUCCCACACUUUGCUGCAGAUCUCCCGCUGAACCGCUGCAAAAAUCGAUACACCAACAUCCUACCAUACGAUUUUAGCCGGGUGAGAUUAGUCUGCAUGAACGAGGAGGAAGGAGCAGACUAUAUCAACGCCAACUAUAUUCCUGGCUACAACUCGCCCCGGGAGUACAUCGCCACCCAGGGGCCGCUGCCCGAAACCAGGAACGACUUCUGGAAGAUGGUCCUGCAGCAGAAGGCCCAGAUCAUCGUCAUGCUCACUCAGUGCAACGAGAAGAGGCGGGUGAAGUGUGACCACUACUGGCCUUUCACGGAGGAGCCUGUCGCCUACGGAGACAUCACGGUAGAGAUGGUCUCGGAGGACGAGCAGGACGACUGGGCCUGCAGGCAUUUCCGGAUCAACUAUGCUGAUGAUACGCAGGAUGUGAUGCAUUUUAACUACAUGGCGUGGCCUGACCAUGGUGUGCCCACAGCGAAUGCUGCGGAGAGUAUCCUGCAGUUCGUCCACGUGGUUCGGCAGCACGCCACGAAGAGCAAAGGCCCCAUGAUUGUGCACUGCAGUGCUGGAGUCGGGCGGACGGGAACUUUCAUCGCCUUGGAUCGACUGCUGCAGCACAUCCGGGAUCACGAAUUUGUGGACAUCUUAGGGCUGGUGUCGGAAAUGCGGUCGUACCGGAUGUCCAUGGUACAGACAGAGGAACAGUACAUCUUCAUCCAUCAGUGUGUGCAGCUCAUGUGGACGAAGAAGAAGCAGCAGUUCUGCAUCAGCGAUGUCAUCUACGAGAAUGUGAGCAAGUCCUAGUGCCGCGCUGAAGCAGGCAGGAGAUGAUCUGCACCCAUCCUCCCAUGCUUCCGGAGUCCGCGGGGCCUUGCUAGUCGUUCAGCGAAACAGCCCCUGCUUUAUUGGAUUGGCCACGGGGAUCAUUUCUCCCAUCGACGCACCGGGAAGACUUAGCCUUAAAGAGCCUACAAGUGUCUUUUGGACAUUUCAAUUCUGGACAUUGAGAAACGGACCAAGUCAGCUGGAAGGUCCAGACACUGGGCAGCAGACUGGGGGGCGGGGGGGCACGGCUCUCCUGACGCUUCCCUUCUCUCGUGGCUGGUGGGGCUGAGUUUUCUUGUUGUUAAGUGCAAUAAUCUUUGUAUUGUGUGAUUUCUAUGAGAACAUUGGGAUUGUCCUUUGCUCACACAACUGCUCGAGCCCGUAGCCCAGACAGGAUCAGGAAUUCUCUGUAUCCAGUCGUACCCCACGGUGAAAAGCACCUGGAAGGAGAGAUUUCCUCCUCAAGGCAGCCCGGCACACCGAACACCAACACAGAGCUGCAGAGUUGGGGACAGGGGCCGUGGAAGACACCGAGGGGGUUCUAUCCACAGAGCAACUGUGUUUCUUUUCCAAAUACAAAAGCUGUAAUUCAGCGUCACAGUAGAGUAGGGAGAAAAAAAAAAUCCUUGUCUUAUUUGUUCUAGUCCUUGGUGGGUUUCUUUAUUAAUUCGUCAGUGUUUCUCCCCGGACCCUUCCCUCUUGCACUGGUCUCACGACGCUGGGGUUUUUGGGUUUUCGUUGUUGUUUUUCCUUUUCCUUUUUUCAGCAGCCCAGGUCUGGGUGGAGGAAGGCUUGAUUCUUUCCAACCUGCUGCUGCGGUGCGCGUGCGCAGUCCUGGUGCCUAGGUUCUACCUUCCCUUUCCCUGCUGACCUGCACGGGGCAAAGUGGGUUCUUGGGAGACUGCAGGCUGUGAAAAUGCACUUCCCUGCCCCACGCGGGGGAGUUAGCAAGUGACAGCCAUGAACUGCAGCAGGCUCGGACAAUUCCUGGGCCACACUGGGGCAGGGUGGGGGUGGGGGUUAGACUGCCAAGCGGCUCCUCGGGUUCCCACCCACAGUUUGGUUUGUUUCCCUCGGGGUUGUCGAUUUCUCCUUUUUGAACCCCUGUAACUCGUAACAUUUUGUUCUUCCGAUUUUGUAUGAGGACAGUACCUAACCGCGGGUGUGACAUGACGGCUGUCACAGUGGACGCGGAGGACACCCUGGAGCCUGUUGCCAUGUGUCACUUCCAGAGAAAUAAGAGGUGACGCUAGGGGUUGGCCAAGGGCAACCCGAGGAGUUGAAAGUAAAUACAAGCUGGCUGCUUCCCUGGGA